GACCCUGACCAAGAUCCAACAAUCUCAUAGGUUUUGUGCAUAUGAAACCUUCGACUAACGAGAAGUGGUCUUUUAAUGAGAGAGAUAUCUAAAAUGUUAUCUUAAAAGCCCACUCAAAUCUCAAGGCAUAAGGUAGAAAUGCAAAUUUGGAAAGUGGGCUGGGCCUUUUGUGGUAAAGGCCUGUAACCUAGCCCAAUAUUAGCAAAACCCUAGACGCGUACAUUGACAUAUAUAAACCCGCCUCCUCCUUGUUUAGGGUUUCUACGUGAGAGAAGACGAAACACAAAAGAUGCAGAUCUUCGUGAAAACCUUGACCGGCAAGACCAUCACUCUCGAGGUCGAGAGCAGCGACACCAUCGACAAUGUCAAGGCCAAGAUCCAAGACAAAGAAGGAAUCCCUCCGGAUCAGCAGAGAUUGAUCUUCGCCGGAAAGCAGCUCGAAGAUGGCCGUACUUUGGCUGACUACAACAUCCAGAAAGAAUCUACACUUCAUCUUGUGUUGAGGCUUAGAGGAGGUAUUAUUGAGCCUUCCUUGAUGAUGCUUGCUCGUAAGUACAAUCAGGAUAAGAUGAUUUGCCGCAAGUGCUAUGCUCGUCUUCACCCAAGAGCUGUCAACUGCAGGAAGAAGAAGUGUGGUCACAGCAACCAGUUGAGGCCUAAGAAGAAGAUCAAGUAGAGAGACUCUUAUCAAGAAUCCCAUCUCUUGCUUGCUUUUUUUUGUUGUCUUCCCUUUGAUAGGGUUUGUUUUUCUUGUUUCAGUGACUUUCUAUGUUAAAAGAUAAUGUCAGUAAAAGGAUUUGGUUUUCUAUUAUUCUGAAUCGAUUACGGAAGAUUCUUGCUUAAUUCCAAUCUAUACAAGUAUCGUGAAAUAAUGACCGUUUAUGUGAUUAGGAGACGUGUUUCAUUAAUAAAAUAUAAGAUCAAUAC